AUGUGGGAUUUAACUAACACACUCUUCCUGUGUCGCAUUUAUUAUGUGUUUGACGGUGUUUGCUGUGUAUAUGUGUGUGUGUGUGUGUUUGACACACUAUUUGCCUAUGUGUGUGUUUCAGGCCUGGUGAAGCUGGGAAUCCACUGUGUCACGUGUCAGAAAGUGGCCAUCAAGAUCGUCAACAGGGAGAAACUCAGCGAGUCUGUCCUCAUGAAGGUGGAGCGAGAGAUAGCCAUUCUGAAACUCAUAGAGCACCCUCACGUUUUAAAGUUGCACGACGUCUACGAAAACAAGAAAUACUUGUAUCUGGUGCUAGAGCACGUGUCAGGAGGAGAGCUGUUUGACUACCUGGUCAAGAAGGGACGGUUAACGCCCAAGGAGGCCAGGAAGUUCUUCAGACAGAUCAUCUCAGCUCUGGACUUCUGCCACAGUCACUCCAUAUGUCACAGAGAUCUGAAGCCAGAGAACCUGUUGUUAGAUGAAAAGAACAACAUCAGGAUAGCAGACUUUGGCAUGGCGUCUCUGCAGGUCGGGGAUAGUCUGCUGGAGACCAGCUGCGGAUCUCCUCACUAUGCCUGCCCAGAGGUCAUAAGGGGGGAGAAGUACGACGGGAGGAAAGCAGACGUGUGGAGCUGCGGGGUCAUCCUCUUUGCACUUUUAGUGGGCGCCCUGCCAUUUGACGAUGACAACCUGAGAAACCUGCUGGAGAAAGUGAAGUUGGGCGUUUUCCACAUGCCCCACUUCAUCCCCCCGGACUGUCAGAACCUCCUUCGGGGCAUGAUCGAGGUGGAUGCGACUAAGAGACUCACGUUAGAGCAGAUCCAGAAGCACAACUGGUACAUAGCUGGGAAGAACGAGCCUGAGCCGGAGCAGCCUGUCCCCAGGAAGGUGGCCAUCAGAACCCUGAGCACUGAAGAGAUAGACCCGGACGUCCUGGAGAGCAUGCACUCUCUGGGUUGCUUCAGAGACAAGGGCAAACUCACCAAAGACCUGCUCUCUGACGAUGAUAACCAGGAGAAGAUGAUCUACUUCCUGCUGCUGGACCGGAAGGAGAGGUACCCCAGUCAGGAGGACCAGAACCUCCCCCCGCGCAGUGAGAUUGCUGACCCGCCCAGGAAGCGGGUGGACUCCCCCAUGUUGAACCGCCAUGGGAAGAGGAGGCCGGAGAGGAAGUCUAUGGAGGUGCUGAGUGUCACAGAGGGGGGCUCUCCUGUACCCGUACGACGAGCCAUCGACAUGGCAACACAUGGACAGAGUAAGUCUGUUUUCAGUAAAAGCUUGGAUAUCACAAACGCUAACCUCACCAAAGAAGAAAGGUCACGGUCUAUCAGCGGAGCAUCCUCCGGUCUCUCCACUAGUCCUCUCAGCAGUCCCAGGCCGGUCCGGCGCUUCUUUAUCCCGCCCCAGUCACCGGACCUCUGUCAGUCGCCCAACUGUAGCCCCACCCAUUCCCCAGAGUUCCGCCUUAACCAUAACGGGGUAGGGGGGGCCAACCGCGUGCACCCACACCCGCUUCCAAACUCCUACACGCCAAAGAUGGGGUCCCCCCUGAUGCACCCCCGCACACAGACCCUCCCCGCCAAGCCCAAAGUGUCUGAGAAGCCCCUUCAGACCACCAGGUCCAACCCCCUUCCCAACUCGGCUGACAGCCCAACCACCCCCAAGUCGGAGCCCACCUCCCCCUCCUCACCUCUGGGCAGCCCCCCCUACGUCCCCAACAGCCCACGGCCACGCCGCCACCCGCCCCUCACCGUGCCCCCCAAGCUAUCCAUCCCCCUGUCGCCGGUGCCACCCAUGUCCCCCCUCCGCCGGCACCGCCUCCACCCUGACCACAACGGUCACAAAUCUGUCCCCACCAUACAGGUGACUCCCCACCCCUCUCCGCGGGGGAGCCCCCUCCCUACCCCCAAGGGCACUCCGGUGCACACGCCCAAGGAGAGCCCGGCGGGCACCCCUAGCCCCACGCCGCCCCCCAGCCCCUCCAUCGGCGGGUUGCCCUGGAGGACGCGUCUCAACUCCAUCAAGAAUAGCUUCCUGGGCUCACCGCGCUUCCAUCGCAGGAAAAUGCAAGUUCCCACCCAGGAGGACAUGUCCAGCCUCACGCCAGACUCUUCACCAGAGAAGCUGCAGGUCUCAGGCAAGGAGAUUCGUCACUUGAUUAUCCCCAGUCUGAGCCACAGUGUGAUCAGUCAGACAAGUUUCCGGGCGGAGUAUAAGUCUACAGCCGGCCCUACAGUGUUUCAGAAGCCGGUCAAGUUCCAAGUGGACAUCACCUAUACAGAGAGCACCGCCGCCACCAAAGAGAACGGCAUCUAUUCGGUCACCUUCACCCUGCUCUCAGGUCCCAGCCGCCGUUUCAAGCGUGUGGUUGAGACCAUUCAGGCUCAACUGAUGAGCUCACAUGACCAGCCCGGGGUCCAGCAGAUCUCUGAUGUCUCUCAGCGGUCAGACACUCUAACCAGCAAACCCUCCAAGCGUGGCAGCCCGUUGAGUAACUUCUUUGACGUAAUUAAACAGCUUUUUUCAGACGAGAAGAACAGCCAGGCGUCGUACAACCCCCCUGGCACACCCGGCACACCUAGCCCCGCCCCUGCCAAGCAUGCCCCCGGCAGCAGGCGAAACGAGCCAUGUCCCCCGCCCACUCAGCCCACUGACUCUAAAUGCCCCCCGCUUCUGGGCAAAGACAAACAAACAAAGAUGGCCGCCACCAGCCGGACUGGGGAACAACCUUAAGACCGGAGAGAAGUAGCUAGCUCUCUGUUGCAUGACUAGAUAAUAACCACCUGUUAUCAGGUCAUUCAAAACCCAAUACAAAACCCACAAGAGUGUGUGAGAGAUGAGAAAUGAAAUGAGAGAUGCUGCUGGUUUCUUUGCUUUAGUCAGUAGGCUUAGUGUGUUUGUGUCUCAAAAAAAUUCAACUUUCGGUCAUCACAGGGAGAAACUUUUGUACUGUAUAAUAAUGGAAUGACUCCUGUUUGAUUUUAGCAAUCGAUCAUUGAUCAGUAUUUGACGAUAACAAGUACCACAUGUAGCCAUGUUUCUUUUCUGUUCCUCUACCCUCUCGUCCCUUUCCCACGCCGUGGGAUGUGUUGGUGUGUGUGUGUGUGUGUCUGCUCUGUGAUGAUGGCUUGACCUUGUCUCUACCACCAGGGAUCAUCACUAAAACCUAUUAGAGAAACAAGAUGGAGGACAGUGUGUGUGUCCCAACCUGGGGCACUUUGUCAACAACGAGAGUAAGUGAGCCAGAGACGGAGGACAAGAGAAAGACUUCACAUACUUCACACUGCUGUCCCCCUCCUCCCCAUGCACCCCUCCUGCUUUCCACCCGCACACACACACACACACACAUGCUAAACAUUAGAGUAUUAGAGACUCUCUCUUCACCAUGACAGACACCCAGAGACAUAUUAGCCGAAGAGUUGGAGAAAAGCCUUAAAAAGACUGAUGUUUGUCAAACCUAUACUAUACGCAUCACCUCUCCUCCUUUCUCUCCUCAUUGUCUAUCCUCCUACACACACACACUGGGGGGGGAUGUAUAGACUUGUGCACAAAGACGAAUGGAAGUAGAACCACUGGCUCCAAUGAAAGUUGGAGAGAGGAGGCGCGACUCUUGGACGUUGGAUGGACGUUGGAUGGACGUUGGCCAAACGUUGGCUAAACUUUGGCUGGAUUGUAAUUCUUUUUAAUGUAGUCCUUCUUUGUGAGCUACAGCAUUUUAACACUUUAGACGUAUUCAGACUCUGUGUCAUUGCUGUAAAUGAAAUGGAGUUAAUUGACUUUGGGUGGGCAACGGGGAGGGAGGGUACACAAAUGAAUGAUCUAUUCUGUUGUACAGACUAACUACAAUAUGUUCCCAUAUGUACACCGUUUGUGUAGUUGUGACAUUAUGUUUAGCUAAGAACGUAUCGCUAUCUUCUGUGUUUUCUACUUUUUGGACGUGUUUUAUCGAUUAAAUGUUGUAGGGAUGAAUUUUCAGCGUUUAAUUUUCUUCCAUUUUGUCUUGUUCAUGUUCCUUUGAAAUAUCUGCAGGAUUCAGACAAUAGUGGACAUAAUUAUUGUGUAUAUUUGUGUACCUUAUUGUAUAUUUUUUUGGUCAUGUUUGUUUUAAUUUAUUCUGGGUUAUUUAUAUAAAUGAUGUAGAAAAUGUAUCAGAUCAUUUAAGGAUUGUUUUUGUCAUGUUUUAAUUUAUUGAUCAUUGAUCAUUCUCUAAAUGUUUUUGUGAACAUUCAUUCUUUCCCAGCUUCGAUGAGAAAGCUUGUAAUAUAUACAUUUGGAAAAUGAUUUACGGUAAUUUAAGAAUGUAGACUAGUCUCUUUGAGAGGAAUGAGCCGUCUGUUGAUAAUAAUUGUGCGUUCCUCCUCGUUGUGUGUGUACGACAUCAAUGACAUCACUCCAGCCACUCGCCUUGUAAAUACAAAACAAUUUGCUGACAAACUUAUUUUUAAAAAACAAGGGGAUUCCUACUCUUAGCUUUUACCUUGUAAUGUCGUUUGCAUGUCCAACAUUUGUCUUUUCUUUGCAUGUAGUUGUUGGAAUUGUUCUGUCCCUUUUUCCCCCUUUCUUUCUUUCUUUCUUUCUUUCUUUCAUUCGUUCUUUCGUUCUUUCCUGUCUCUUAAUUUGUUUCUCUUAUUUUUCUUUUCUCUCUCACCACUUCGUUUGUUUGUUCGUCUUUUGAGUUCUUUCUCGCACCCUCCCCUCUACUUCCUUAUACUAUUGUGCACAUUUACCGUGCAAUGCAUCCUCUGCGCGCGCGCGCACACACACACACACACACACAGAGUCUCUAUCAAAGAGAGACCCGAUACUCUGGUCACGAAUUCUGUCUGGGGUGGGAGUUGGUAUCAGAAGAGAUAAAAUAAAGCAAUACCUAUUAGUGUUAUUCUUUCUAUUUUGUACUAUUGGGUAACCAGGCCACACAGGAUGAUGGACAUACAGUAGAACACAACGCCAGGAGCGCUGGUCUUUAGCAGGAAACCACUGGCAAUGUAUCCCCUUGUGACAUAACUGUGAACAACUUCAGUGCAAAAGGAAAUAAAUCUGUUGACUUUGGAA